UCCAGUAAUCCUUAUGGCAAAAAUGGCAGACGAUGUUGACGACGAUUUGACAGAAUUGUUUGAAUGUGCCUGUAAUUAUAUAAGGCAAUAUUCGGAGAAGUUCGAUAGCGAAAAGCUUUUAUAUUUCUACUCGAGAUACAAGCAGGCUACAGAGGGAAGAUGCACUACAAGUAAACCAGGGAUUUUUGAUUUUCAAGGAAAACAUAAAUGGGAAGCAUGGAAGAAGUUGGAAGAUAUGUCCAAGAAAGAAGCCAUGUUCCAGUACAUCACUUACUUAGGGAAUAUAGAUCCAGUCUGGCAAGAAAAGAUAGAUAAGUCUGACUGUAGAGACGAGGAAAGUGAUAAUUUGGGACGAGGAUGGGUGUCUGUCAGUACUAUGUCUAACACUGACACAGAGAUUGCAGAUGAAAAUAAGACUCUGUUUGACUGGUGUAAGGAUGGAAACACCCUGCAAGUCCAGAAUAUCCUAGCUGGUUGUGAUGGUAAUGAGAUCAACAUAACAGAUGAAUCAGGAAUGACACUUCUCCACUGGGCAUGUGAUCGUGGUUUAUCCGAGAUGGUGGAUGUCCUUAUUAAACUCAAAGCAGACAUCAAUGCACAGGACCUUGAGCAGCAGACACCAUUACAUUUUGCUGUAUGCUGUGAGCAGGAAGAAGUUGUGCGGCAGUUGUUACACAGUGGUGCCAAUUUGUCCCUCAAAGACAGUGAUGGUCUAAAUCCUGCAGAACUUGACACAUCUAUAGAAAUUAAAGAACUCUUUGAAAAUUACAUUUAAUCAUGGUUGGAUGUUUUAAAACAUUCCUUGGUUUGGUCCACUGGGACUAGACACAAAUUUCCAAUCCAACAAUCAGUGUACAUGUACAUGUAAUACACAUAUACAUAUAUAAAUAUGUACAUACUAUAUGUGGUUCAGAGUUUAUGACAAGUCUAUGUAGUUCAGUUGAGGCUCAUUUUUGGUUUCUAUGAUGGUAAUAUAAAUUCUUUUUAUUAAGUAAUCUCAACAAAAAAAUCAAAAAAAUAUGGAAGUCAAAGAAAGUCAAUUUAUGAUUAUAAAAUAUAUAAAUAAAAAUAUGUGACUAUAUGUAAUUUUCAAUUUCACUGUGCUUGUCAUUACAUUUUAAAACAUAUAUGAGCCUUGUGUUGUAAGAAUUGUGGAUUAAUAAAAGCCUUUACCAAUUUUUUCUUUAAAUUACAACUAACAUGAGACUUGGAAUGUCCAAACAGAUUGCUAACAUAAGUCUGGAUACUAAGUGUAUUCUAUGUCAACUUAGUACAUACAUAUCCAUAAUGAGAAAGACAACCAUGUGAAACCACAUGCUUUCUGGUUUUAUAAUCAUGACAAUGUAAAUUCUUAUCUUAAAUUAAUAUCAUUGCCUGUUUGCAACAUUUUAAACCCCAUUGCAAUAUGUGUUUUAUAUGAUUUGAAACAUGAUUUUCAUUUAUUACCUCAUUUUUGAUGUAAAACUAAGUCCAAUGAAAUACAGCAAUGAACAUGACGAAAAAAAACUUAAUUCUAUGACAAUCCCACUGUUACAAUCUUUGUACAAGUUUCACUGAGUUGAAAGACUUUGGUGGGUUUUAUCAUGCAUCAUUGUAAACUUAAUACGGAAUUUAAUAAAAUUUCAUGGACGAAUUCGAUAUUUUAAAGUCAUUUCAAACAUGUACCAAUACAUUGUAUUUUAAAAAGAAGAUUUAGUUUGAUAAGUUAUUUACAAAGUGAAUGUACAUUAUUAUUGUUGUGUGUGUAUAAUAUACUAUAAUUGUUGAUAAUGUAACUUCCUAUUUGUCUAUUGUAAUUGGUUUGCUGAUUUUGAGUUGAAAACUUUGAAUGUUGUGGGUGCUGAAUGGAUUAAAGUGUGAGUUUAAAAUCCAUAUGCUUGCAUCAAAUAAAUGUCUCAAGAUAAUUUGAA